GGAGGUAGGAUGCUUCCAAAAAUCGUAUGAAAACAGUUUUUUGCACCGACAAAUAAUAGCAUUAAAACUAUUUCUUUUUAUUUGGGAAAUAUCUGACUGGCUUCCCUAUUUUCUAAUAGGUUGCCACUAAUGUAUCACUUUACCAGAGUAUCGGGCCAUGAGCCCCGGCCAGACAGCUGGCAGACGUACUGACUGCAUCUCGACUGCUGAUGUCUGUAUUGAGCCGAGAGGUGCAGAUGCGGUCUGCGUCCUGCCUCAGGAGUGAAGCCUCUCUGAACUAACACCAGAGGAACCAUGGACAAACCGGAGAGGUGUGCCUGUAAUGCUCAGGGGUGAGAAGGAGAGCAGCUGAGGAGGAGGAGAUGGGCUGCACCUCCACCAAGCAAGUGUCUGCGGUGCCCAACGGAGAAGAGGGCCAGAAUAGAGCCCACAGCAACGGGGACCUCCUCUCGGAUGAGUACAAGAUGAAAGGAGUGGAGAAAGUUAAGUACAUCAGUGGAGAAGAGGGCAGCAUGGGCGGCCAGGACAGCACAGAGAAAAGUGCUCUCCUUGGUAAAGGUCAACAUAUGGAUGAAACGGGGUCAAAUGGAAAUGGGAAGAUUUUGAGCAUCCAUUCCUCAGAGAGUCAGCAGGAAUUCUUCAGGAUGUUGGAUGAGAAAAUAGAAAAAGGCCAGGACUACUGCUCUGAGUAGGAGGACCUGGCGCUGCUCCGUGGUCGAGUACCCAUCGGCGCUGGUGUGAAAGAAGUGUCAUCGCAGUGUUCCUGAUGGACCGCCCCUUGUCUGUACGCGCCUGAGAAGAAUGGAUUAGCAACUUGAAUCAAGCACCUUUUUGCCCUCCUGCUCACCACAGUAGUUCCUGCUAAAACAUCAACCAAAUGGGAAAGGAACACAAAUCAAAGAUGGUUUAAUAUUUUUAAGUUAUUGAGGUUUUACUUCCUUAAUGAAGCCAUUACAGGAUGACAGAGUUUGGGGUUGGGAGUAACACGUGUGUUUCUUUCCCUCUUUGGAUAAGUCCUGGAAGGUCAGUCGACAUGACUGCUAUCCAGUCGUCCUAUAAACCUUUGAAACAUUCAAACUGUUGCACAUAAACAUUUACAACAACAGAAGCAACCUGCGCUCUCGUGGACUCUCAACGUGAAGAUUAUGAAGAUCUGCAUUAUUUUGACUUUCAUUCUUAAAUGCCUCCCUGAAGAGUCAACAUGUUGGACACUUCCUGCAUUCCAAGACACAGUAUGAACCUCUUUUCUACAGUCCGCUGGCCAGUCCAGUGUCCGCCUGUCUGUCCAUGUCUGUUUCUGCUAUGACGUAGAGUAUUAUGUUGAAUAAGGCUCAGGGUUGAAGUGUUGUAAUCCGUCUCAUGUCGCCCAGUCCCUCCUUUGGUUCGGACAUGUUGCACCAUUAACGUCCUCACACUCACACAGCGGGGUCAUGGCAUCCACUGCUCCACUAUCUGUCCCGUGUUGCACCUCCAGGGUGGACUCUGCUUCGCCACAUAACAAGUUUUAUUGUGCAUCUCGCUCACCAGUGUUAUGUUGUUGUGUUCAGUUGAAUUUUUGGUUUUCUAGAAAAAUAAAGUGAUUUCAGUAAGUUAUUCA